AUGUCUACAACGGAGACUGCCAGCCCCAUUGGCAUUGCCAAUCUUCCUAACCAGCGACACAAGAUUGUUGCAAAGCGGGGCGCGGCUUUCACAAUUAUGGUCGCUGGAGAGUCUGGGCUGGGCAAGACGACCUUUAUCAAUACCCUCUUCUCAACUACCAUCAAAAAUUAUGCCGAUCACAAGCGCCGCCACCAGAAGCAGGUUGACCGUACCGUCGAGAUCGAGAUCACCAAGGCUGAACUGGAGGAGAAGUUUUUCAAAGUGCGAUUGACUGUGAUUGACACCCCUGGUUUCGGCGACUACGUGAACAACCGUGAUUCAUGGCAGCCCAUUAUUGAGUUCCUGGAUGACCAGCACGAGUCCUACAUGCUCCAGGAACAGCAACCCCGCCGUUCCGACAAGAUUGACAUGCGUGUGCACGCCUGCCUGUACUUCAUUCGCCCUACUGGACACACCCUCAAGCCUCUCGACAUCGAGGUCAUGAAGCGCCUCAGCACCCGUGUCAAAUUGAUUCCCGUCAUUGCCAAGGCCGAUACCCUCAGCCCAUCAGAUUUGGCCAAGUUUAAAGCAAGAGUCCGUGCCGUGGUCGAAGCCCAGGGAAUCAAGAUCUACACCCCGCCCAUUGAGGAAGACGACGAGCAUGCCGCCACCCACGCCCGUAGCCUGAUGGCUGCUAUGCCUUUCGCUGUCAUUGGUUCUGAAAAGGAUGUCAAGGCCAACGACGGUCGGGUUGUCAAGGGCCGCCAAUAUGCCUGGGGUGUUGCGGAGGUAGAGAACGAGGACCACUGCGACUUCAAGAAGCUCCGCUCGAUCUUGAUCCGCACUCACAUGCUUGAUCUCAUUCACACUACCGAAGAAUCUCACUACGAAGCCUACCGUGCUCAGCAAAUGGAGACUCGCAAGUUCGGUGAGGCCCGGCCUCGCAAGCUGGACAACCCUAAGUUCAAGGAAGAGGAGGAGAACCUGCGCAAGCGGUUCACCGAGCAAGUCAAGGUCGAGGAGAGCCGUUUCCGACAGUGGGAGCAGAAGCUCAUCUCCGAGCGCGACAGACUCAACAAGGACCUCGAGGCCACUCAUGCUGCUAUCAAAGCUCUCGAGCAAGAGAUCGACGGCUUGCAAAGCUCCGGCACUCGCAGCCACGGUCGUCGCUAG